AUGAGUGGUGACCAGCUGUUUAAAAAAUACGUCUCAAAAAUUUUUGACGCGUGGACGGUCGCAAGACUUUGUCGUGAGCAGUGUCCAGCCGGAAGGUUAACCGAUCAGAAACUCGACUCGCUUAUUGAGUGUAUGCCGGAUAUUGUGAGAAGAGUAAAGGAUGAGUGCCUACUCGAAGAGUUAAUCGAAGAUUAUUUUGAUGAUGAACUAAACACAAUAUGUGAAGACGAAUCCAUCCAACAAGUUGCAAAACUUCUAUUCCAUGGAAUGUCCCUUUUGAAAGCCAACAAUUUGACUGAACUCCAGGAGAAACUUGAGUCACUUCCAACGGGCUGUGAUAUGAGCAAGUGUCAGCAACAGGUGGUUUGCCAAGCUUCCGAAAGUGAGGAAGAGCAGAGCGAAAGCUCCUAUGCGAGCCUGGAGGAAGAGGAUGUUGAAAUGGAAUAA